GUCUCCCCCACCCCCACGCACUCGCACACACCCCUCAUCUCGCUCCCCCCGUUUCCUCGUGGUCCUCCGGGCGUAGUCGACACCGCAGCGCUCGCGCCGCGGGAGGGAGAGCGUCGGAAGUUGGUACGGAUACCCCUCCUCUUAUAUACCCACCCUGCUCGCCAGAUUCCUCCCCGCGAGGUCCUGCCCCAGAUCGGAGAUCCUGAAUCUUGGUGGCCGAGGUCAGGGCGGUAGAUUCGGUGGCCAUGUCGGGCGCCGUGCUUGUCGCCAUAGCGGCGUCCAUCGGCAACCUGCUGCAGGGCUGGGAUAAUGCAACCAUUGCAGGUGCUGUCCUGUACAUAAAGAAGGAAUUCAGCCUGGAGAGCCAGCCCCUGAUCGAGGGCCUCAUCGUGGCUAUGUCGCUCAUCGGGGCGACAGUAAUCACGACAUUCUCCGGGGCGGUGGCUGAUGCUGUUGGUAGGCGACCCCUGCUGAUCGCUUCGGCUGUCCUCUACUUUGUCAGUGGGCUGGUGAUGCUCUGGGCGCCGAGCGUGUAUGUGUUACUCUUGGCGAGGCUCAUCGAUGGGUUUGGUAUCGGUUUGGCUGUCACCCUUGUCCCUUUGUACAUUUCGGAGACCGCGCCAACGGACAUCAGAGGACUGCUGAACACGCUGCCGCAGUUUAGUGGGUCAGGAGGGAUGUUCCUUUCUUAUUGCAUGGUGUUUACGAUGUCCCUCAUGCCACAGCCUGAUUGGAGGAUCAUGCUUGGGGUUUUGUCGAUCCCGUCACUUAUAUACUUUGCACUGACCGUCUUCUAUUUGCCUGAAUCGCCAAGAUGGCUUGUGAGCAAAGGAAGAAUGGCUGAGGCCAAACGAGUGUUGCAAAGACUGCGGGGAAGGGAAGACGUCUCAGGGGAAAUGGCCCUUCUCGUCGAAGGAUUGGGUGUUGGAAAAGAUACAUAUAUUGAGGAAUACAUAAUUGGCCCAGACGAUGAGCUUGCUGACGAAGGGCUGGCUCCAGAUCCAGAGAAGAUCAAACUGUAUGGCCCUGAAGAAGGACUAUCUUGGGUCGCCCGUCCUGUUAGGGGCGGCAGUGCACUUGGAAGUGCGUUGGGUCUCAUGUCUCGCCAUGGGAGUAUGGUUAGCCAGGGUAAAUCUCUUGUGGACCCUCUUGUGACUCUUUUUGGAAGUGUCCAUGAGAAGAUGCCUGAGGUAAUGGGUAGCAUGCGGAGCACGCUGUUUCCUAACUUUGGCAGCAUGUUUAGCGUGGCGGAACAGCAGCAGGCUAAAGCUGACUGGGAAGCCGAGAGUCAUAGAGAUGAUGAAGACUAUGCAUCGGACCAUGGUGGAGAUGACAUUGAGGAUAGCCUCCAAAGCCCGCUUAUUUCUCGUCAAGCCACAAGCGUGGAAGGUAAGGAGAUUGCUGCACCUCAUGGCAGUAUAAUGGGUGCUGUGGGAAGAAGUAGUAGUAUGCAGGGAGGGGACGCAGUAAGCAGCAUGGGGAUUGGUGGGGGAUGGCAGUUGGCUUGGAAGUGGACUGAGAGAGAAGGCGCAGAUGGGCAAAAAGAAGGUGGCUUUCAACGUAUCUACUUGCAUGAAGAGGGCGUGCCAAGUGAUCGUAGGGGCUCUAUAUUGUCAAUGCCAGGAGGUGAUGUUCCUCCUGGUGGUGAGUUCAUUCAGGCAGCCGCUCUAGUGAGCCAACCUGCUCUUUACUCAAAGGACCUGAUGGAGCAACAGCUGGCUGGUCCUGCCAUGGUACAUCCAUCUGAGGCAGCUGCUAAGGGUCCAAAGUGGGCAGACCUAUUUGAACCUGGUGUGAAGCAUGCACUCUUUGUUGGCAUAGGAUUACAGAUCCUGCAGCAGUUUGCCGGUAUCAAUGGAGUUCUCUACUACACCCCUCAGAUUCUCGAGCAGGCAGGUGUCGGUAUUCUUCUAUCAAACCUUGGAUUAAGCUCUUCGUCUGCAUCUAUUCUUAUCAGUGCCUUGACAACCUUGCUGAUGCUUCCAAGUAUUGGUAUUGCCAUGAGGCUCAUGGAUAUGUCAGGAAGAAGGUUUCUUCUCCUCACGACAAUCCCUAUCUUGAUUGUAGCAUUGGCUAUCUUGGUUCUGGUAAACAUUCUGGAUGUCGGAACCAUGGUGCAUGCCGCACUAUCAACUAUCAGUGUCAUAGUUUAUUUCUGCUUCUUCGUCAUGGGGUUUGGGCCUAUCCCGAACAUCCUUUGUGCAGAAAUUUUCCCCACCUCUGUCCGUGGCAUCUGCAUAGCCAUCUGCGCCCUAACUUUCUGGAUUGGUGACAUUAUCGUAACGUACACUCUUCCUGUGAUGCUUAACGCCAUCGGACUUGCUGGAGUUUUCGGAAUAUAUGCUGUCGUUUGCAUACUAGCCUUUGUAUUUGUCUACAUGAAGGUUCCAGAGACAAAGGGCAUGCCCCUGGAGGUCAUUACCGAGUUCUUCUCUGUCGGGGCAAAGCAGGGUAAGGAAGCCAGGGAUUAGUUGCUCUGAUCUCGUGAUCCGCAUCACUGAUGAUAAUUUUGUGCUUUCGAACCUACACCAUGGUUAACCUGCGAUGCUCUGUCAAAGAAACUCUUGAGAGAGCAUGGACGUUGGGCCUAAAGAGAUGAUAUGAAAACUGUGGCUGAAUCCUGUCGUAGACCGGCUUUCGGAACUAGAAUAUGUAUUUAGAUCAUCUGUUCUUUCCGCUUUGUGAAUUUCUGUUCGUGUUGUUGGCUGUUGGGAAUUUUCUUGCCUCUGUAACUAGUGUUUUGUCACAAUUUAUGUUACUGUUUUUUUGGUCCUUCUCAGUCUAAUCUCUCGCUCUUGGCUGUGA